AAGGGAAGCAGCGGGUUUGAAAAUGGGCUCUGCUGCGCUCUCAGCAACUGCUUAUGAACAUCGCGAUGCAUGCGAUGGACAUGUUCAUGCACUGGACAGAGUGACGGCGUUGAUUUGAUAUAUUUCUCUGGGAAUGCUACGAGAUAGUUUGACGGUCGUUUUCUCAACUGUUGGGAUGUCGAGGCCAGGAAACGUGAUUCUGCUCAUGAAUGAAGGUACAAACAACUGAGGUAGCAUCCAGUUUCCAGGAAAGUCAAACAUGGGCGACCAGCAUGCCGGCCCGCAGUUGAUCGAAAUUGCUGCGGGCAAAGCGCUGCAAUGGAACGUCGAUUUCGAUCGCGGUCUGCGAUCGGUCAAACCAGGAGCACAAUGUGAAGCUGUUAUGAAACUUGGGCCUCAGCUUGUAAGGUGGAGUCAGAACUGCAUGGUAACUGCAAGUUCAGCGAACAUUUUCAAGCUGGAAGCAGGCCAGGACCGCGUAUUCGCUAAUGCUAUCUUGCUUCGUCUGGCUGAUACUUUCCGGACUGGUACAAACUUUAUGCGGGUGUGCAUUUUGAAAGUUCUGAUGUUAGAAUUCAAAGAGCGAGGGAGAAUUGGGGAGACUUUCUCAUCAGACACUUCUGAAAGGGCGUUGGCUAACAGAAAAGUGGCACUGAGAAAUAACAAGUCUUCCUCUCGAGCGAUUAGGAUGAGUCGUUCAGAAGAUGGACUCCUAACGAAGAAAAGGAUUGCAAGCCAUGCCGAAAUGGUGAAAAGGGUGAAGAGCGUGAUAGACAGUGGGGAUCCAACAUCAAGGGCUUUGGCAUUGCGCGUCCUGGGGUGUCUUGCGGACCUCGGUAAAGACAGUGUGGAUGUGCAUAAUCUUGUCUUGCAAGCUCUUCAGUCUCCUCACCACCAAGAGGUGAGUGCAGCAUUUUUUGCCAUGGGGUGUUUAUCAGAGUUGUCUGACGACUUUGCCGAGCAGGCGCUAGAGAAAACAUAUGAGAUGAUUAACGCUAUGUCGACAACACCCCAGAUGAAAGUGUGGGCUGUUCGUUUCUUCUCUAAGAUGGGUCACUCCCCUGCAUUGUCCUUACAGGCCCAUGAGAUGGGAAGGAGGAUUAUGCUGAGAUACCCAACUAGCGAAAUUGUGACGACGAUGCUAAUAGCCCUCACAAUACUCGCGGCGGAGUCCGUUGUUAUAAUGAACAGCCAGGUAGAGCUUCUUUUGAACUACUUGGGCUCUGAUCCUCGGAUGAAUGUGCGUGCUGUAGCUCUGAGGUCACUGGGGAAGCUAGUGUCUCAAGCGGUGCAUUCCACAAACAUUACAACCGAGAUGUUCAACAGAGUCUUGAUUGUCGUUCAAGACAUCGCUUUACCAUCAACACUUCACGUACUUGCCCUGCAAGUUAUCCGGAAGCUAAUUCGCCACUGUGUAACAAGUUUGGGCUCAGAAUCUUGGCUUCAGUUAAUCAGCUGGACAGAACUCACUGCCAUGCGUGGCGACUGGCGUGUCGUUUCCAAAGCACUCUCACUUCUGGUAGAAGUGGCUUGUAAUCUUACAAGGUUCAGAGACAGAAUAAAUUAUCUGAAGCCCUCAUUAGAACUCCAUGAAUUUAGCACGCGAGUCUGUUUUCUUCUCUGCGAUCAAGUCUCUAUCACUGCUGCUGUUGUUUUAAAACCCAGAGAUACAGAAAUAGACUUGGUUACUAAGUCCCAAUCAGUCCUUGUCGACGAAGAAGAUAUCUCCUUGACUGGACCUGAUGAGAAGAUUACCUUUAUAAGUGUGCUCCUGGUGAAGCUCAUGGAGGGAAACCCAUCUGUGAGCUGGUUUACCGUGGAUGGUAUUGCACUGCUAAUGGAAACUCUCGCUGAGAACUGGCGGCAACUAAAGAACUUGGUGCACGAAUACUCUCGGAGUACGAUGGUAAGUUGUAAUGUGGAUAGAAACGGGAAAAAUGCGUCACUCGAACCAAAAUACGACAAUGGCAUAAAACAUCACGAGGAUUCUGGAAGCUUUCAUGCAGUGGAUGUACUAAUAGUAAUGCUUAUAGAGCUGGGGCGAUGUCUUGCAAAGUGUGUCUCCUUGCAGGAAUGCAAAGAGAAAGUCGUAGAAGAUAUUCAUAAAAGGAUCCUCUUGUCAAGCGAACGCUUGAUUGAGACGGACGUUCCCCCUCCUGUGCUCUGCCCUGUUUUGGAGGCUCUUAUGAUGGCAACAGCCCUGCAUGACUCGGUGACUUCUGUAGCGGAUACCUGGGCUGAAAAAGGCUCCAAUGUUGACCGCGUAGGUGACAGAAGGAAGAGAGAAUCACCCGAGAAAAUAGUGAGCGAAGGUAAAAGAAGCAGACAUGUUCUGAAAAGAGUAGUCUCGAAGCUUAUUAGUGGAGGUAAUAGUUGGACUGCUUACAAAGUAGGAGAAAAGGCUGCCCGUUGUGGCCUUUGGCAUUUGGCUCAAUCUUCUUUCUCAUGCUUAGUGGAGAAGGCCAGCUCUGAAGGUUGUUACUUCUGGUUGAGGUCGUUGUCUGAUCUCUGUACAGCUGAAUCUCUUCUUCAUGAGACCCAGAGAGAUGUCGAGAGGUCAAGCAGCUCUAAUAUGGAUGUCGAAAGGAGUGCGGCUGGUUUAUCUGGUGACGAUGGAGACACAUCACAAACUGAUGGCGCGCAAGAAUCUGCCAGAUUUGACGAUUUGAGACUACAAGGAUUCGGCAAAGCAGCUGCCUCGUCCAUGCCCUUCCUUCGAUCUUGUAUCAGUAAUUUAUCUGCUGCGGUUUGUAACGAGCGAAUGUUCGAGUUUCAACGCUGGGUCUCAGUUCUGAGACUGGAGAUGGUGGAGUGUAUCGCAGAGCUUGUUGGCUUGGUGGCGUCCAUAUCUUCUUUCGAUACUGAUGCUGGCGUGAUUGAUCUGGAAGAUGAAGGAAAGGACAACUCAAUGAAGAGCUUGAUUUCAGCCCUGAGGGCAAGCACAGAAAAGGCUGAAUUGCUUGGUUCAAGAUUGAAGAAGUUAAGCGAGGAGUAUGAUAUGGUUACAAUUUCUUUCAUGGGUAUCGAUCCAAAAAGUGUUGGGACUUUAUCCAAGGCUGCUCUUCUUUGCUCUUUGCUGACGUUUUGCUCAGUGGGUGUGUUCUGCACACAGCCCACUAGCUUUCACCCUAUGCCCAACUCCAGUAUAAACGUCGGGACAGCGGCUUUAGAUCUCUAUCACCGCCUUGAACAGAUCGAAGGUGGAGGCUGGGAUGAUCUACUGUGUUACGCUAUGCAGUGUGGCGCUGGAGCAUUGAGUGGAAUGGGGACAGGUGGAAGUUUCGCAACGGGACCACGAGAUAUCGCACUUUUGAAACUAUGCAAGUGGGCUGUAGAUUCUGUUUUGAACAUCCAGAGGCAAUUAAGUUUGCUUGGUGCUGUUCGUGGAACACGACUUUUGGGACAGAUUAUCCACGAGGUCCUAAAUCUGCCUUGGGUAUCUCCACCGUUUUUCUUUUGUACUAGACCACGCGCAGGAGUUGAGCUCUUCUUGGUUCAAGCGGGCACAAAUGCUGGAGAAUCAGAGGACCUUUUGGUUGCUCAAGGUGGAACCCUGGCCCUUAGUGUCUGCAUGCAGAUUGCCAAUGCCCCUAUUGAAUCCUACUCCUACCCGAAAAAGCUCGUGUGUGCACUGUCUUACCAACUCACAGAGAGCUCGUCCCAAGUGGACGAGGGCUUGUAUAUGGGAUCCAGAUCAGGUUUGAUCGGGAACCACGCUCAUCAUUUUGAUAUGUUCGAGAAGCUUAUUUCACAUUCCAAACCAAGCAUCGCAAAUUGCAGCAUGCAAUCAUCCAUCGGUCGGAACCAAAACAACACGCUAGAAGCAAACGGAGAACGACGAGACUGUAUAUUCUCUAUGACUGUCGAUGCGAAGGGGCAGGGAUUUGCAUCUUGCACAGUUGAUGUUUCAGCAGCUCCUUCUGGCGAGUACGAACUUUUUCUCUCGUGCAUUUGCUUCGACAAGGGCAACAAAGAGUGGGUAUUGCCUGUUUUAAGCACAAGGCCUAAGUUUCGGAUAACAUGAUGCACUCUGCAAGGAUCCUCGUGAUCAGUCUUAAUUUAUUCGUAGUAUUGAGAGAGUGUCUUUCAAGUCACCAUGAGAAACUUCUUAUAAGGCGACUAGCUCCAGUUAGGUUCAGUAAAUUGAACCAUUCAUCCCAAGGUGAGUCGUAAAAUUUAGCGACCUUUUGCCACUAGGAAGAUGGCCGAUUGUACAGAGAAACCCCCCGUAAUGCUCUGCCUGCGUGUGGACACGAGAGUACGGCUACUAGAGUCGGUAACAAUUAGAUCGAUAUCAAUCGUCCAAGGAAAACACAACUCCGAUGAAGAGAAUAAGAUAGACGCUUUGAACAAAGGAAUUUACAGAUCAUGGUGGGCAGUGGUUCAGUGAUACUUACAAGACAACGGUGAAGUAAAGCUGCUGCUAUCGGAACUGAAAAUCUCUGAAGCAUUAUGAAGGCUGGCAAAAAUUUAGGGCUCAAUUUCUUCGGAAACUCUACUUACGACAAGGAAACUCACCAUAAAUUAAAAUUGGAUUUCUCAUUAGGAGGAAGUUACUGAACACCAGAGAAUAUGUGUACACUUCAGUUCAUUGUACCUACUGUUUUCUUUUCAGCUCUUUGCUCACAUGGUGUGACCAGUGUCUGACUGACGGCAAACGAUGGAGCUUGCAGACAAGAACGCGUGUU